CAAACAAAAGGCAAAAGCUAUAACAAAGGCACAAUAAGAAAUUGUUGUUUCUUCUCUUUUCUUACUUACGAGGACAUGCAACGCAAGGGACAAAGGUCUUAUUCUUUUCUUCAUCCAUGCACCAAACUCAAAAUCCGCUCUUUCCUUCUUCUCUCCCCCCCCUCUGCAACUUCACUACAAAACCACGAACACAAACCUAGUUCGUUGCUCAAGAUCAUCGUUCAUAUUAUUCAUCCAUCAUCUCCGAUCAUCACACAAAUCCAAAAUGCACAACAACGACCACAUACCCGUUCACCACGUGCAGGGUUCCAACCCGAAGCCCGUGAAACUGAACCGGCACCACACGAUGCGGUACUACGUCCACCGGGUCCACGAAAGCCUCACAACCCGCGUCUCCAAGAUGAUCUGCGCUACCUUCUUAGGCCUUCUUUUUAUUGUGGGCCUCAUCACCUUCAUCCUCUGGCUCAGCCUCCGGCCCCACAGGCCCAGGUUCCACAUCCAGGAGUUCAACUUGCCGGGCCUGACCCAAAACUCCGGGUUCGAAAACGCCGUCAUAACGUUCAAAGUAUCCGCGCGAAACUCCAACCAGAACAUCGGGGUUUACUACGAGUCCAUGGACGGCGCCGUUUAUUACCGGGACCAGAAAAUCGGGUCCAAGCCGUUACUUUACCCGUUUUAUCAGCAGCCCAAGAACACGACGGAGGUGGACGGCGAUCUUAGUGGGGCGACGUUGACCGUUAGUAGUCAGCGCUGGUCGGAGUUCCAGAGCGAUAGGGCUGACGGUAGCGUGGUGUUCCGCUUGGAAUUGACAUCUGUGAUCAGAUUCAAGAUAUCCACGUGGGACAGCAAGCGCCACACGAUGCACGCCAACUGUAAUGUGGGCGUGGGACCCGAUGGUUCCCUCUUGACCCUUUACAAGGACAAGAGGUGCCCCGUUUAUUUCUCUUGAGGUUAAGGAUGAUAUGGUUAUUUUCACUAAUUUGUUCUGUAAUUAAUUCAUUAACUUUCUGCUUCUUUCUCUCAUUUAUGUUUCUUUUUCUCAGCCACUUUUUAUUAUUUUAAUUUUUUUAAAUUCUAUUUUUCGAUAUAUUUGUUAUUACCCUGCUCUGUUGUGUAAUCUUCAUUAUUUUCUCAAAUUUAUUGUUAGAUUUCAUUUCA